GUAACCAGUCAAUCACUGUAUCUCGAAGCAGGCACAACAGGAGCACAGAACCAUCUAUAAAUAAAAAGACCAAAAACACAUUAUUUUACCACUCAAAGUCUAUACGCAUAUCUCCCUUCCGCAACACCGACAUUGUACUUGCCUCAACUGCCAAGGCUUAAAAGAAAGGAAGAAAAAGUUAUUCGUUGUCUUUUCCUGAGUUUCGUAGUCCGCUCUCUCUCUCUCUCACUCACUCACUCACCUUCCGUUUAUCUCCCGCGUGAUAAAUAAUCUUUUUUCUUUUGUCUUUUACCUUCUUUCUUUUUUUCUUUUUAAACUUUCCACCCGCCUGUGGAGUCCGUAGGAAUGACGAGGGCGACCACCGCGCAGAUGCCGACGGCCGUCGCGGCGCCGCCGGCGGGCUUCCUCCCCAACCCGUUCCACUACGUCCACCACCACAUCACCCAUUUCGAGGGGGAAGACGCCUUCAACUGGAUGGUCGACUCCCCGCACUUCCCACUGCUGAUCGCAACCGGCUACGUCAUGAUGGUGCACAUCAUGCCGCGCCUGCUGGAUGCGGUGGUGCCCGGCAGCAAGCUUAUCCCAGGUGUGUCCAUUGUGAUCCCCAUUUGGAACCUGUUCUUUAGUGUCGGGUCCUGUGUGGGGUUGCUGUACUGCCUGCCCGUCCUGUACCGGGUGGUGCUGACGACGGACCGCGACCUGCCGGGCCUGGCGCCUAAGAAGGACUGGAAGACGGGGGCGUGGGACUACGACCCGCACGUGCGGGGCGGCGUGUACACAUCUCUGUGCUACUGGAACCGCAGCUUCUUCCUCGACGGUCCCACCGGGUUCUGGCUCGUCACCUUCAACCUUAGCAAAAUCCUUGAACUGGCCGACACGCUCUUUCUGGUGCUGAAGCGCAAGCCGGUCCCCUUUAUCCACUGGUACCACCACACAACCGUCAUGCUGUUCUGCUGGCACGCGCACGUGUCCAGCAUCAGCAACGGGCUCGGCUUCGCCGUGAUGAACAUGGCCGUGCACUCGCUGAUGUACUUCUACUACUUCAUGUGCGCCUGUGGGCUGGGUAACGUGGCCCGUCCGUUUGCACCGAUGGUGACGCUGCUGCAGCUGGUGCAGAUGUUCGCCGGCAUGCUGCUCGUGCUGUACACAACCGGGCUCUACCUUCUCCACCCCAAGGGCUGCGAUACGAGUGCGGCCUCGCUGGCCUUCGGUAUGGGCAUCUACUUCUCCUACAUUGUGCUCUUCAUCAAGCUGUACCGUGACCGGUACGGCCGCAAGCGUCGCGAGCGGCGUGACCGCUGUGAGGCGUAG